CUAACUCGACUGGUACUGACGGGGAGGGAAAGAAGGAGGAGGGAGUGUUCCUGGUCUGUCGACUGGUUUGACUUGUCACAGGCGCUCAAGGGAAAACGAUGAAUUUCAGUCACAGAAAAUAGUUCGUAGUUAGCUACAAACAAACGUAAAGAUAACCUGGCAAACCGAGGUGCCGUGACAGAACAGCUGCGUAGGAUGGGCGAGCCGGCACAGACUCCGUUUAAAACCACUGGAUCCCAGUGGCUGAUGCCUGUCAGUGAAUACUUGGGCUUCCCUCUUGAUCAGGUGAAUUUUCUGGCAUGCCAGCUGUUUGCCUUAACUGCUGCCUUCUGCUUUCGUCUCUACCUCAGCCCGGCCCAUGUCAGUCCCCUGGUCAGGCACUUUGUUGCCGCUCUCCUCGGUAUUAGUUUUCUCGUCUUCUGCUUUGGAUGGUAUUCAUCUCACAUCCUGGCUGUGGUUGUUGCAAACUACCUGAUCAUCAUCAAAGCUGACCUCAACAAUGUUCACAGGUAUUCCAUGGUGAUAUCUAUGGGCUAUCUGACCGCAUGCCAAGUGAGCCGAGUCUUCAUCUUUAACUAUGGAAUACUUUCCACUGACUUCUCUGGGCCUUUGAUGAUAGUAACACAGAAGCUCACCACGUUGGCUUUCCAGCUCCAUGAUGGUAUGUGUAAGAAGACUGAACAGUUGACACAGGAGCAGAAGCUCAUGGCUAUAAAUGUGAGGCCUUCUUUCAUUGAGUACCUGAGUUACAAUCUGAACUUUCUGAGUGUCUUGGUGGGGCCAUGCAGUAACUACAAAGAGUACAUAGACUUCAUAGAGGGCAGACACAUCAGCACGAGGCUCAAGCAGCAGCAUGCCUCAAGUAAUCGGCAGAAUGGCUACAAUAAGACCCAGGACCCAUCACCUCUGAACGCCGUUUGUCAUAAGCUGGUAGUCUGCGCCGGCUGUAUGCUGUUCUUCCUUACUAUCACUCGGUCCUUGCCCAUAAAGUACAACGUUGACCCCGACUUUGUGAGCCAAGCCUCCUUCCUCACCAGGCUCACUUAUGCUUUCUUCUCCAUACAAGCUGCAAGGCCCAAAUUCUACUUCGCCUGGACAUUAGCUGAUGCAGUCAACAAUGCUGCAGGUUAUGGUUUCCUUGGGAUGGAUGAACAUGGAAAGCCAUCCUGGGACCUCAUCAGCAACCUCAACAUCAUCGGGAUUGAGACAGCAACCAGCUUCAAGACCUUCAUAGACAACUGGAAUAUUCAAACAGGAAUUUGGCUUAAAACGGUGUGUUAUGACCAAGCACCAAAGCACCGUUUGGCGUUGACCUUUAUCCUGUCUGCUUUGUGGCAUGGUGUUUAUCCGGGGUACUAUUUUACCUUCCUCACCGCCAUCCCCAUCACCAUAGCAGCAAGAGCUAUACGGAGGUCAAUUCGUCAUUACUUCCUGGGCUCCAGAGUCAUGAAGCUGGGUUAUGACAUCUUAACUUGGGCAGCCACACAGCUGGCCAUCUGUUACACUGUCAUGCCUUUUCUCCUUCUUGCAGUUAACUACACUAUAGUUUAUUACAGGUCCAUGUACUUCCACGUGCACAUAAUCAGCAUUCUGGCUGCAGUCGCCCUGCAUCGCAAACAUAAACCCAGGGAACCCACCACCACCAAAACCUCCUCUGUCUCCUCCUCUGCUCCGUGCUCAGCCCAGUGCCAGCAUGUUCACUCCAACAACAAUGACAAAGACUGAAAAUCUCACUUUGCGUUCUUUUACCAGGCUUUCAGGACUCGGUCUCCUCUCAAAGACAAAUGAGUAUCCCCAGGGCAUUAAGCCAGCUUGAAAUGGGAAAACAUUGUGCUAUUUAUUUUUUGACUAUACAGAGUAAAGAAAAUUUGUACUUAUGGUACUGGAUGUGUACGGGGAGAGCCCUCUCCCAUGAUUGAAGCUCAUCAGGCAGACACUGAAGAAAAACCUCAGCUGAGGAAAUGGUUCUGGUACAACCACCACCACCAGAAUGCUGGCCCCCAACCCCCUUUCCCCUUUUACCUACCCCCGCUCCCUGCAGCUUUUCCUCCCUCCUUGGCCAUCUCACCAGCACCAGCCUGCCUCCUCCAACAACAAUGCAACAGUGUGAAGAGUAUUGAGACUCACUUUCGUUCCUGUCCUCAAUCUGUGCUGUCCCACUGACUGGUGGGAUCUCAGCCAGCACAGCGGGUCAGCAGCUCAUAAACGGGCCACAAAUACCAGGACACAUGCACACGCAAACUCAUGCAUAAAUAGACACUAGGAAACAAAAACGCACAUAUAGUCGCUCUUAGACAUGCUUGUACUCGGUCGCACUCAGGCGGCACACAAAGGCUGCCCUUGUGAAGCUGCAGAGGAGCAUGCCAAGAGGAGAGGGAGCUGCACCCGCUGCACUCGCUCUGCCCAGAGGAUUUUGUAGAUCUGUGUGGGUGAUGGUUCGCCCCACUGUUAUAUCCCAACAGCCACUGUCAGUGACCCCCGAGUGUGUGGACCUAAUCAUGAAAAACUAUGGACUGUCACAAUACUUCCACUGUUUACUGGCUUGGAUUAAAACCACAUGAAAAACUAAUCAGACCAUGGAGCUCUUAAGCUGUCUAGUGGAAGCCUUAAUAUUACUGUUAACCAUAACUAAUGUUUUUUAAUGAGUAUGGCAGCUCCUUCAGGUGAGGAGCCUAGUAUUUUAUAGUAAAUAUUUCUUGGCUUCCCCCCGUCAACAAAAAGGAAACGGUAACAAAUAAAAAGAAAUAUUUUGCCUCUGUUGGUUGAAAGCCAAAGUACACUUCCCUUAGCUAAAUUAGUAAAGUUGAUCUAUUUCUCUACUGAAAAUCCCCUUUUCUCAAACAGUGACAAAGUGAAGGUAGUUAAUGUGCACAGUGCUCAGUGCCUGUUGGCAAAAUGUCAAGUAAACUGAGAAAAGGCUGUGGUGAAACUCAAAGAAUGGAAAUUAUGAUCUGAAAAAGUGCUGGUUCUGUGGUUCUUUGUAGCAGCGGAGGUUUGAUUUAACAGAGACAUCUGGUGGUUGUCUGAACUGAGCUGAGCCAAGUGAUGAAGAAAAGUCAUCUGACUGACAUAAACAGCCAUUUUUCCAUGUGACAUGAUGGCGUUGCAUCAGAAUUCAUUUUCUUCCCUGCACAAGCGUUUCCCUUUGCACAGAUGAUGCUGAAAAACCAGAAGGUAAUGUGCAGAUUACAGACUGUAAACACGAGACACCUUUGCCUUUUUAAUUUAUUUUGCAGUACGUUUUUUUUUUUUUUUUUUUUUAAUUUUAGCACUGAUUAUAGAUUUUGGAGCAUUAGUAGUUUUAAAGGUGGCACGGUCGGCUUGUUCUUUAAUGGUGCUAUCUGCAAGCUAUGUGAUAGCUUUUCAAUACGUUUGUUAUAACACGAGUUGCAGUGCAAGAUGUUGUUUUGUAAAGAAAAUGCGCAUCACAUUUGAAAAUGUCUUACAAUGCAUUAUACAAGUUGCCUAGUGCAUCACAUUGGAAGAACAAUCUUAAUGUUUUUUUAUUACCUGCUUUGGAAUUUAAUCUAAACUUGAUAACGACAGAAAAUGUUUGCCUGUUUUUAAAUACUGACUAAACCCUUAAAUUUAUUAAGGCUCUGCUUUGAGGCUUGACAGUUUGACAUAUCAGGUGAUGUUACAGCCGCUUCACAAAACUUGGGAUGAGGAAAGGUUAUGUAGAAGUGUUGAAUUUAAGACUUAAAAAAAUAGACAUACCAGGGUAUUUUAAAGAUUUUAAAGGAAGUUAAAAAUGCUAUUAAAUUUUUUUGAAUAUGGUAAUCUUUGAACGUACGAGUAUUUGUCAUGAUGUUAAAUGUUAGAGAUGAUGGCUUUUGGCCAAAAGUUCUGAGCAUUUAGGUCUAAAAAGUGUGAGGGUAUUACACUUGGUACCCACAGGCCUCAUUAACCUGGUAACAUAUUUGUGGCUCUAUGUGUUUCUAUGUCGGCGAUGUGAUUUUAGAGCAGGAAGACGAGCAGAGGGGCAGAUUUACAGUAUGAAUAUGUUGACGAGCAGCUAUUUAAAUGAUUUAAUACCGAUACUGAAGAUAUUUUUGUAUUUGCUUUGAUGAUGUUUGCUGUCUAAUUGUACUGACUGUGAGAAUGUGAGAUUUUCUAAUUACACCAGUGCUCCAUUUUAGUGUUUUGUGUGGAGGAAAGUCUGAGUAACAAAUAAAGCUCGAAUGAAA